CUUCACAUUAUUAACGUUAGUGUAAUCAAAAAUGUCAAUUAUUCAAUUGUCAAUAUUGUCAACGUCAACAUAUUUUCUUGUACCAUUUCCACGGGAUUCUAAAUAAAAUAUUCCAUAUUUUAUAUAUUUUUUCUUUUAUCAAUGGGUGAAGAAAUAAUACAGAGUCCCCCGGGAAUGCCUGAAACGGAGCCGCUUCAACAGUUCACAGUUGAAAUUUUAAAAUUGAUAAAGGAUGUCCAGCAACAACACGGUCUUAGACAUAGUGAUUACCAGAGAUACAGAGGAUAUUGUUCAAGAAGAAUUAGCAGAUUGCGAAAAGUUUUGAAAGUACCCCAAGGUGACAGAAGACAUUUUAAAAAACGAGAUGUAACUAGUGCUCAUAUUAUGAAUCCUCGAUGUGAUGAAAGAUUUCUACAUAUUCCCUUGAUGUUAGCUGAGAGAUGCUGGGCUCACGCAAUGCAGUUGCGUCAGGAAGCUAAUACAGAACCAAGGAAAAAGUUUCAUUUGAUUCAAAAAUUACGGAAAUCAUGUAUAUAUGCUCUACAGCUAGAUGAACUGUGCAAGCAAGACCGCUGUGAUGCACGAACCAAACUUGAAGCUCAAGCAUAUGUGUCUUGGAUACAAGGUACUUUACAAUUUGAACUCCAGCUAUGGCAUCAAGCAGCUGAAAAUUUCAAAAAGGCCCAAGUGAUCUAUGAAAAACUCUCUUCAACUUUAUCAGAAGAAGAACAAUUACCUUAUAAGCAAAGAGUAGAAGAAAUUGCUCCAAGUCUCCGUUACUGUGCUUACAAUAUUGGAGAUGAGAAAGCCGUUGAUUUCCUAGAAUUAAGAAGUCAAGGAGUGUUGGAUAAUUUUGAAGCACUUGUGUCACAAACUAAAGAAAAGACUACUGAUGUCUUGUAUGAAGUCAAAUGGUUUAAAUUAGAUAUACCAGUAAGAAUAGAGAGAAUUAGGUUAUUUCUGGUGAGCAUUGAAGGAUUAGAUGAUUCCUUAAUGCAUGCUGAAGACAAUCAAAGCAAAAUAAAAAUUCUUGAAAAUUUAUUCAUUGAUUUGCGAGAUGUUAUCUCUUUGGCAAGAGAUAGUGCACGUACUGAAAAGUCUUAUUCAACGCUUUCCAAGCAGAUGAAGGAACACCAACUACUAUUGGCAUAUUUAAUAUCCAUUCGCGUUGAGCGAACCUCGCAGCGUAACUUACUUUUGAUAUCGCAAACAAGAAAGUCACAAGACUGUGUUCGUUUGCUUGAUAUUAAUAUUCAGCAAACAAAUGAGAUCUCUCAAAAUGACAUGAUCAAGGAUAAUAAGGAAGCACAAAUUUACUACGAGUCACAGAUACUGGCUUAUAAAACUCUUCGGUCAUAUUAUUUGGCUAAAACACAAGUUUCUCAAAAGCAUUGGCAAGAAGCUGCAGUUUUAUUUGAUACUACCAUUAAAAGUGUUAAAAACCUAAAGAAAGAUGAUUUCAUUUUGGAAUUGAAAGAUCUACUCAAGUCUGUAGAAGACAAGGCAGAAACUGACCUUAUAACAGCUCAAGCAAACUUCAUUUUGGAUAAACCAGAGGAUCAAGUUCUAUUUCCACAAAAAGUGUAUAAAAGUAAAAAACCUCUCAUUGACAGACUUGAUGAAUUCAGAGAGGAACCACAAUUAUUGUCGAAAAAUCCUAAUCUUGUUGCCUUACCUCCGCCAAUGGAACCUGUUCCAGCCAAACCAUUGUUCUUUGAUUUAGCUCUCAAUUUUGUCGAAUUUCCAGAUUUAUCAGAAAAAUUGGAAGGUAAUCAACCAAAACAAAAACAAGGAGCUGGUAUUUCUGGAUUUGUUAAGGGGUUAUGGGGUUGGGGAAAGAAGUAAGGAGAAUGCUGCCUCUAAUAUAUUUUGCUUCAAUUUGGGUUAAUGGUAUUUUUUUUAAACAUAUAUAUAUGUUCAGUUUUUAAUAAAUAUGAUGUGCGGAGAAU